AGCCGCCUGGGCCCGAGAUGCGCGCCGCGUGCCUCAGCCGCCCACUGCUCAGUAGCCCGCGCGCCCUGCGAGCUGCUCGCCCCCGCCCCUGUCGGGCCCGCGCCCUGCCGCGCUCUGCGCAGGCGCCCAGGGCCUCCCCUGCCGCGCUCCUGGCGGCGCCCGCGCUCGCCGCAGCUGGCGGCCGCCUCGCCCGCGCGCGUGGUCGCAGGGCACCGCUCUGGCGCCCGCUCGGCGGCCGCGGUGCGAGCGGUGCUGCCUCGAGCGCGGCGGCCGACAUGGCCUCGGGCUCCCGGCCCCUGCUGACGGACGCCCUCGUCUGGGUGGACUGUGAGAUGACGGGGCUGGGCUCGCACGGGGGGCCAGGGGCGGACGCGCUGCUGGAGGUGGCCUGCCUGAUCACCGAUGGCAGCCUGAGGCCGGUGGCCGAGGGGCCCGACCUGGUGAUCCAUCACCCCGACGAUGUCCUGGACGGUAUGAACGACUGGUGCAAGCGGCAAUUUGGGUGGAGGGGUGGCGGCGAUGUCGAGCCUGGCCUGCUGGCAGACUCCGUGCGGAAGUCCACCGUGACCUUGGAGGAGGCAGACCAGCAGCUGCUGGAGUUCGUCUCUGGGCAUGUGGCGAAGGGUGCAGGGGUUCUCGCAGGGAACACGGUUCACAUGGACAAGCGCUUCCUCGACAAAUUUUGCCCCAAGUUCAUGGCUCACCUUCACUACCGCUUGGUCGACGUGAGCACGGUGAAAGAACUUUGCCGUCGGUGGCACCCGGACGCUUUUUCACGGGCCCCCAAGAAGAAGGGCGCGCACCGGGCGAUGGACGACAUCCGCGAGAGCCUAGCAGAACUGGAGUUCUAUCAGGGCGCCAUUUUCCGCCAUGCGGGGGGGCCUGGCUGAUUAGGACGGCCACUUGCCACGGCCCAGGGGCUCUGAUGGGGCGGACAGACCUGCGUCCUGGCGGCUGCCGUGGGCGCACAGGCUUGCCCAGCGACUCCGUGCGCUCUUCGUUUCUUCCCCCCUGGCCUGAGUCGCUGGGAGAGAGCCAGUAAGUCGGUCCGCUUGUGAGCAUCCUCGCUGCCUGGUUGACAGUCGUAUUUGGCAUCGCUGCUGCUGGGGCCUGUCAUCGUCAUGUGAAUGCUAUUGUCACACUUGUGCUUGACCCACUCUUCCUUCUGCACCUGCUCGCCUCCUCCACACUCCCUUCGAGAGCAGGGUGUAUACGCGGAGGAAGACAAGGGCAUCGUGUUCCUGACAGCCCGCCUUGGGAUCAAACCUGCUGGCCAGAGUUUCACGCCGUGGUUUUCGGUCAUGGCCAGUCGUGUUGUGCGGGGCUUUGCGUGGCCAUCGAACCUGCGCUAGGGUAU